AUGGCCGCCUCGUGGACGCCGCUCGAAUCGAAUCCGAGUGUCAUCAAUCCGGUUCGUCGCCGCCGCCCGUCGUCGCACUCUCAUCCAAUUUAUUCCCUCGUUUUUUAGAUGAUCGAGAAGAUGGGAGUGAGUGGCGUCAAGACGGUCGACGUGCUGUUCUUCGAAGACGAAUCGCUCGCCAAGCCGCAAUACGCCGUUCUUCUCUGCUUUCCAGAGUACAAAAAGGUGUGAAGAGGGCGAUGGAAAUCAGGGAAUUGCAAGAAUGAAAUGGUAUUCAGGUCGAUGAGAUUAUGAAGCCGAUCUACGAGCAGGCGACCGCCGCCGACGAUUCCGUUUUCUUUAUGAAACAAGUAAAAAAAGAUCAGCUUAAGGAAAAUUCUGUUCAUUUUUAGAAAAUCUCGAACGCCUGCGGAACUUUCGCGUUGUUCCACUCUUUGGCCAACUUGGAAGAUCGAAUUAAUCUCGGUAACCACUGAUUCAUCACUACACUCUGCUCGAAAAACUAGAAACGGAAAAAGAAAUUCUGAAUUCAAAAGCCGGCUGUCGUUCUGAAUUUUGCUGCAAGCGCGCUCUGUUGAUAAUCAUCAAAAGUUUGAAAUUUAUGAAUUGCCUUCAUUUUCCCCUAUUUUUCACUGCUUUCAAUGCGAAAAUGCGUUGAAUUCAAUUGAAGUAAAUCUCAUUAUGCUGAAAGUUAUGCUUGCAGGCGAUGGAUCGUUCGCGAAAUGGCUCGCAGAAGCGAAAAAAGCCGGAGUUGAAGACCGAUCAGAUCUUCUAGCCAACAGUUAGUCUGAUAAGUCGGCAUUCCUGUUGAAAAGGUGUUUUAGAUGCGGAACUGGCUGGAAUUCACGCAACUGCGGCGACCGGCGGACAAACCGCUCCAGCUGAAGACGUCGAGCAUCACUUCAUCUGCUACGUUGGCACGAAUGGAGUUCUUUAUGAGAUUGGUUUGUUUUCACUGUUUAGGAGACUGUAAAUAAAACGCUUGCCUUUCCAGACUCGCGUCGUCCGUUCGCUCGUGCUGUCGGCCCAACUUCCGAAGAAACAUUGGUGAAGGAUGCGGGAAUCGCGUGCCAGCAUCUCAUCGAGAAGCUCGACAACGUCAGUUUCUCGGCCAUUGCUCUGGUCCCCAACUGA